ACUGUUCUAAGUUGCACCAUAGACAGAGAUCGUAGAGAUUGUAGCAGUGCAGAGUAAAUGUUUUGCCGUGUAUGGUUCCUUUCUAAAUUAAUCGAGAAGAGGAACGAAAUUUCCGGUGGCUCUACAAGGCGCUCCAGAAAGUUCAGCACGCUGACGCUAUUUAAAACCAGUCCACUUCGCCCGGAGACAGACAUAAACAGAGCCGACGUAGGUUACAUAGGCAACAUCAGGAUUCAGUCGCAAGGUUUAAAAGAUUCCGUCGUAAAGAUGGUUCAUGAAACUGGCUAUUAUGACCUUUUAGGUGUGAGUCCCAAUGCCAGCCCAGACGAAAUCAAAAAAGCAUAUCGAAAACUUGCGUUAAAAUACCACCCAGACAAGAACCCCAAUGAAGGAGAAAAGUUCAAAUUGAUAUCACAGGCAUAUGAAGUUUUAUCCGAUCCAAAGAAAAGGGAUCUGUAUGACCAAGGCGGAGAACAAGCUAUCAAAGAGGGUGGAAUGGGAGGGCAGUUCUCUUCACCUACAGACAUUUUCAACAUGUUUUUUGGAGGUGGAGGCAGGAUGCAAAGAGAAGAGAGGAGAGGUAAGAAUGUUAUUCAUCAACUCAGUGUUACAUUGGAAGAGAUGUACAAUGGAGCAACAAGGAAACUUGGUCUUCAAAAGAACGUGAUCUGUGCUAAAUGUGAUGGCUAUGGAGGGAAGAAGGGAACGCUUGAGAAGUGUUCAAGUUGCAAGGGUAGAGGAGUGCAAAUCAAGGUGCAGCAGAUUGGACCAGGCAUGAUCCAGCAAAUCCAGAGUAUGUGUCCGGACUGCCAGGGUCAGGGGGAAAAGUUCAACUCAAAGGACCGCUGUAAGAACUGCAAUGGGCACAAAGUGGAGCGCAAGAAGAAAAUUCUUGAAGUUCACAUUGACAAAGGUAUGAAGGAUGGCCAGAAAAUAACAUUCCAUGGUGAAGGUGACCAAGAACCUGGAUUGGAACCUGGUGAUGUCAUCAUUGUGCUAGAUCAGAAGGAACAUGAGAUUUUCCAGAGACAAGACGAUAACCUGAUCAUGAAAAUGGAUAUCAAACUAGUUGAAGCUCUCUGUGGGUUCAAGAAGACCAUUUGCACCUUGGAUAACAGAAUGCUCAUAAUUACUUUGCCACCAGGUCAAGUUGUGAGGCAUAAAAACGUCAAAGUUGUUCAGAAUGAAGGCAUGCCCAUUUACAGGGACCCUUAUGACAAAGGCCAACUAAUCGUUCAGUUUGAGGUGGGAUUCCCACAGAAACACUGGCUUCCAGAGCACCUCAUGCCUCAACUGGAAAGGCUGCUUCCUCCCAGGAACAAAGUCAUGCUUACUGAUGACAUGGAAGAAGUAGAUCUUUGUGAAAUGGACUAUCAGUCCCAGCAGAGGAGCUAUUCCAGAGAAGCCCAUGAGGAGGAUGAGGAUGGUCCCAGAAGGGGUGUACAGUGUCAGACACAGUGAUGUCCCAGUCCCAGCAGAGGAGCUAUUCCAGAGAAGCCCAUGACGAGGAUGGUCCCAGAAGGGGUGUACAGUGUCAGAAACAGUGAAUGUAACCAUUAAUCAAUAUAAUGCCAGCGAUUUGCAGGGCACUCACUAGUCAGAAUCCAAAUAUCCUGUACAUGGUUUGACCCAAGCUUUAUGUUAGAGGUUCCUGUCCUUGCGUUUUGCAAAAGUGAUUUGUCUAGCAAAAUUGUUAUUUAACAAGCCAUCCAUUGUUGUUUUCUUGUUACUUCUGUGUAUUGAAAAAGAGUUUGUGUUGUUCUUUAGUCAAUCUGAUUAUAUGAGUGAAGGACAUUGCUUUUUCAUUCUGAUUCAUUUCUAGAGGUGCUGAAUGCUUUCCAUGAAGGCACUUCUCAAGACAGACAUGCACAAUCAAGUCUUAAUUGUGUAUUUAUGUUUUUCUCACAUCCAACGUGUCAAGGCCUUAACUUUUUCCUUUGCACAUUAAAUGUCAAUAAGUCAACAUCUCAGUUUCAUACUGUAAAUAGUGUAGUGUACUGUAGAAUACCAGACACUAGGGGAAUUAUACCCCACAGUUGAGAAUCUUUUCAGUGUCCCACUCAAAAUUUGUUUAGCUGAGUGUGUUGAUACAGAUGCCAUUUUCUGUUGACCUACCCUCAGUUAGUCGGGCCUUGCCCCUUGUUGACUGGCACAAGACUGUAGAGCAUCCCAUACAAAGC